ACAAAAAAAAUGAAAAUCAUUUUAUUUGACGUCUUAUUAAUGACUAUGGCUUACGUUUGUAAGUCGGCAUCGCUAGAGACUAGUAGUUCAUCACCAAAACAACAGAGUCAAGACUUCAAGAAGCAGGUCCUGCCACAGGUUACCAAUAUUUUAGAUGAAGUACACAAUGCUAUCCAAACGUUGAAGAAAAGCGGCAAAUCUGGUCUAAGACACGACCUGCUGAAGGCUAUUGAACUGUCAAAGAGUAUCAAUGAUAAACUGAUGGCAUUUAAUCCGGUCACCGAUAUCGGCAAAACUGUAUUCAAAUCAAUGUCAAUCAUAUUUGAGGAAACUGGCCAUUAUUUUAAGUCGGAGUUGAAAAAACUAUCACCGAAUGAUAAUUAUAACAACAACAACAACAACGAUGAUAAUAAAAAUCAUGUAAUCAAACAGAUUAGCAAUAGUAUAGAUGAUACCAGAAAAACCAUCGAUGACUAUCAAAAGACUGAUAAAAUAUCCGAUUUGAUUAACGGACUCAAGAAAACAGCUGAUUUUGAUAGAGAUAUUGUAAAACAAUUGCAAGACGUGGACCUAACCAGUGAUAUCGGCAAAAAAUUGUUGAAAGAUAUUGAAAAGUUGGCCACAAUUUGUAAGAUUAGCAUUGAAAAUGAAUUGAAGAAUAUUCCUCCGAAAUAAACAAACAAACAAAUAACUAACUGUCGACACUAUUAUACCCAGGGUUGCUAAAGGUUUUCGUUUUC